AUGUUAUUGUGGUACUGGCUUGUUGCAUUGACAAGUAGCUCGUUAAAAUUGACCAAUUCGCUACUUGAUGAAGAGUAUAACAGCUCGCUCCUUCUAUUCCUGCUGAGAACAUUUGUUACUGUUAACUCUGUAUUUGUGUUUUCUCUUGAAUGGCUUGUUCCUAGAAUCCGUAACAGAAAUGUUGACAAGGAUCUUCGUAAUGCCGACAUUUUCUCAAACUUGUUCCUCCUUUGGCUGAAUCCUUUGAUUAACACCGCUUUUAAGACUGAUAUCACUGAGAGAGACCUCCCUGAAAUGGAGGAUUCUUUUUCUACUUCAGAAUUGAGUGAUAAGCUUUUGGAUCAUUGGAACAAGAGCAGUAGAAAGGGUGCCGUUGGAAUGGCAUUUACAAUUGCAAGAACAUUGAGAUUAGAGCUUGUUGCUCUUAUCGGAGCCGGUUUUGCUAUUGAUAUUCUCACCUAUAUCCGUCCUUUCCUGUUGCAGAAGAUUUUGUUGUUUGUUCGUGAGUACAACAACGACCGUUCUCUACCUCUCUCUAUUGGUAUAUAUUGGACUCUUUUGAAUGGUCUUGUUUCACUGUGGAUUGUGUUUCUGCAAAACCGAAUUGGUCUGUCUGCUGUUCGUCUCAGUGUCGGUGUCAACGGUGCCAUUUAUGGCUCUGUAUUUGUCAAAGCCCUUAAAUUGUCUGCUAGAUCAAGAGAAACUAAAACUGCAUCUCACAUUAUUAAUUUGAUGACUACUGAUUUGGGUCAAGUAAACAAUUGUAUGCAACAACUGCUUCCUCUGUUUACCACCCCCUUGGAAAUCGUUUAUUGUUUUAUUGUGUUAUACAGCUUCCUUGGCUUCAGCUUUUUCGGAGGUGUUUCAAUUAUGAUCAUCGUUGUUCCAUUAAAUGCAUAUGUAUCAUCAAAGUUCAGACAGUUAACUGUUGAUUUGAUGAAAGCUAUAGAUGAGCGUGUCAAGAUUACAACCAGUAUGUUUUCGAAUGCCAAGAGUCUCAAGCUGUAUGCUUGGGAGGGCCCUUGGUUAGAUCGUUUGAAGGAAGCUAGAAAUGAGCACGAGCUCGUACUUCGUAAGAAGGUUAUGUUCUGGCUUACUAUUCUGACUGGUAUUUGGAGUAUUGUUCCAUAUUUCAUUGCUGCCGGUGUUUUCGGUGCAUUUUUAUACAUGGAAGAUCGUCCCUUGACUGCCGAUAUUAUCUUCCCCUCAUUGUCAUUAUUCAAUCUUCUCAGUGGUCCUUUGAUUGCUAUCCCAUAUGGUAUUACCAUGUUGAUUCAGUCCAAGGUUUCCUUCCAGAGGUUCGCUGAUCUUCUUUCGGCUGACGAACAACCCACCGACCAACUCAUUCACUUGCCACCUGUGAAUGAUCCUAAGAGUAAGUUACCAGUUGUCAAGUUCUCAAACACAACCGUUAGCUGGUCUGAGUCUGAAGAUGCUGCUGUAGCUCUUGAUGAAAUUGAUUUUGAAGCCUACAAGAGACAACUACUCUGUGUCAUUGGAAAGGUUGGAGCCGGAAAGUCGGCUUUGGUCAAGACUCUCUGUGGUGAGUUGUUCUUGAAACAAGGAUCAGUAUCAAUUAGAGGAAACAUUGCUUAUGUGCCUCAAGAACCUUGGCUCCUUAAUCAAUCUGUCAAGGACAAUAUUCUUUUCAGAAACAAAUACGACCCAGAGUUUUAUCAAAAGACCCUGGAAGCUUGUGAUCUGGUCUACGAUAUCAAGAACCUUCCUGAUGGCGAUGAAACUGAAGUUGGUGAGAGAGGUAUUAGUCUUUCUGGUGGCCAGAAAGCUCGUGUGUCACUUGCUAGAGCAGUAUAUGCCCGUGCCGAUGUUUAUGUCCUUGAUGAUAUCCUUUCAGCUGUUGAUGAGCAUGUUGGAAAGCACUUGAUUGACCAUGUUCUAGGAAAGCAUGGUCUUUUGGCUUCGAAAACUAUUGUUCUCGCUACAAACAAUGUCAAGGUUCUGGCCGAAGCUGAUAACAUUAUCUUGAUAGAGGACAAAAAAAUUAGGGAAUCUGGCAGUCCUUUGGAAACCAUUGGUAAAAAGGGUCCCAUUUAUGAGCUUAUGAAGGAAUUCGGAGCUGCUCAACAUGAAACUGUGGAGGAACUCAAGGAGGAAAUCGUCACAGUUGCCGUACAAGAGGAACCCGAGGAGCAAUUUGAUGAUCUUCGUCGAGCUAGUAUUGAAUCGUUCAGAUCUAUUUCUGAAGAGGCUACAAAAGAGUUGGAGAGACGAAAGAAGUCACAAGACGCCGUGGAGUCUGGUGCUGUGAAGUCGUCUGUGUAUCUGCGUUAUUUCCAGGCGUCGGGUAUUGGUCGUGUUACUUUAUCUGUUAUUAUGAUUAUCAUGGUUGGUGCUCUUACCACGUUAGGAUCGGUUUGGCUGAAGUUGUGGUCUGACCAAAGUAUUACUGGUGCUACGUCAGAGUCACUUUAUUAUCUGGGUGUCUAUGUGCUAAUUGGAAUUGUGUAUGGAGUUAUUCACGUUAGCAGUACCUAUAUUGCACAGGCCAUUGCAGGAUUGAAGGCAGCUGAAGUCCUUCAUGACAAUAUGGCUCAAAUGGUUUUGCGUUCGCCUAUGUCAUUCUUCGAACAAACACCGUUGGGUCAGAUUUUGAACAGAUUUACUACUGAUAUCAACGAAAUUGAUAAUUCAGUUGCUAACACUUUGGCUUCUACUUUCCGUGUGCUCAUGACCAUGUUUUUCGCUGUUUUGGUUGUCUGUUAUUCCACCCCCAUUGUUACCAUUGCUGUAUUACCAGUUACUAUUCUUUAUUGGUACUAUCAAAAGUUUUACCUUGUGGCAUCUCGCCAACUUAAGAGAUUAUCAAGUGCUGCAAGAAGUCCUAUGAUGGCCAAUUUUGAAGAAAGUGUCAAGGGAAUCAAGGUCAUUCGUGCAUUUGAGAAAGAUCGUCACUUUAUCCACGAGAACAAUAUUCGUUCCGACCUUGUAUUGAAGACAGUCUCCCAUGCGGCAUCCGUUGAUAGAUGGCUCGCAUUAAGACUAGGUAUUAUGGGAUCGUUGUUUGUCCUUUUCACGGGUAUAUCCGGUGUUUAUAUGGCCAAACUGGGUCUUAUGACCGAAGGUGUUCUUGGUCUGGGUAUGUCUAAUGCAAUGAUUAUUACAUCGCAGCUAUGGAUGGUGGUGCGCCAGUCUAUUGAGAUUGAAAGAAGAGGUGUGACUAUCGAACGUAUCUUCCAAUACCAUGCAUUGAAGAGCGAGGCACCUGAAAUUGUUGAAAAUAACAGACCUCCAGCCUACUGGCCAUCAGAGGGUCGUAUUACUUUCGAUAAAUUCAGUACCAGAUACAAGGAAGGAAUGAAGCUUGUCCUCAAAGAUAUCAAUUUGGAUAUCAAACCAAGAGAAAAGAUUGGUGUUGUGGGAAGAACUGGUGCUGGAAAGAGUACACUUACUCUUUCAUUGUUCAGACUUAUUGAGCCAGCCAGUGGCACAGUUGUCGUUGACAACAUCAAUACCAACGACAUUGGUUUGUUAGACCUAAGACACAACAUGUCCAUUAUUCCUCAAGAUGCUCAGAUUUUUAGUGGUACUGUCAGAGACAACUUGGAUCCUUUCCGUGAGCGUGAUGAUACCGAUUUGUGGAGAGUUUUGGAGUUGUGCCACUUGAAGGACCAUGUUUCUGGAAUGGAAGGUGGUCUCGAUGCUGCAUUGGCUGAUAGUGGUGAAAACCUAAGUAAGGGUCAAGCACAGCUCAUUUGUCUUGCAAGAGCUUUGUUACACGACUCAAACAUUCUCGUCCUAGACGAAGCUACUGCUUCAGUAGAUGUGGAGACAGACAAAAUCAUCCAACAGACUAUUCGUACUGAGUUGAAACACAAGACUAUUAUCACUAUUGCUCAUCGUCUCAAUACAAUCAUGGAUAGCGAUAGAAUUGUGGUGUUAGAAAAGGGUGAGAUUGCUGAGUUUGACAGCCCACAGAACUUAUUGGCCAAACCAGAGUCAUUGUUUUACGGUUUGUGCGAAAAGGCCGGAUUGGUUGGCAAUGAAGAUAAAAAUUGA